UAUAUAUAAGAGGUGCCGCUUCCCUGGCCUGAUUAUAAUUUUAGUUCACUUUGGUGAACAUCAACGGUCACACAGAGAGUGGUUUAGCCUGGAUUAUUUUUAUACCUCUUUUGUUUUAAAAAUGUGGACGCGGCCUGUGUUUGGUGCCGUCGUGGCAGCGAUGUGGAUUGCGUGUGCUUAUGGAUAUGAUAGUUCCUACAUAAUGAUUUCCCCCAGAAGAUUCCGUCCUGGUUUGACUUACGACAUUAGCGUGUCCAUAUUAAAACUGGACACCCCGAACUUACCGGUGACAAUUACCGCCGUCAUUGACCGAAACGGCACGGCAAUUGCUGGCGGUGUCGGCGUGUUUCGUCUCGGUUCAUCUGGGACACUGUCGAUUCAGGUACCGAGAGAUAUAGAACCCGUCAAUGUCUACAGAUACUACACUUAUUACGGAGACUUCAAGUUAAAAGUGAUAGGUAAUGGCGGCCUCACCUUCACCAAUGAGACGUGGUUGCAGUUUGAUUCCAAAAGUCUCUCUAUCUUCACCCAGACAGAUAAAGGGAUUUACCAACCGGGACAGACAGUUCGCUUCAGGGCAUUCGCCACUGGUCCCGACUUGAAACCCAUCAUUGCUCCUAUGACAGUUGAGAUAUACGACGCCAGAGAAAAUCGAGUAAAGCAGAUGAUCGACGUCCAGGGAGAGGCUGGCAUAGUAAGCAGUGAAAUGGCGCUGCCUUCCGAACCAGUCUUGGGAGAUUGGAAAAUAAAAGUCAAGAUCUUGGGAGAAAGUAAGGAAACAGAAUUUGAGGUCGACGAAUAUGUUUUACCGAAAUUCGAGGUCAAAGUUGAACUUCCACCAUAUAUCUUAGAGGACGCCCCUUCAAUUACUGGAAAAGUUGUUGCAACAUACACCUAUGGUAAGCCUGUGGAAGGUACCGUUACUUUGAGAGCUGUUCCCACUUGUUGUAAGAAAUACAGGUACAACGGAACGUAUGGUGUUGAACAAAGAAUGGUGUUGGACAAAGUGACAGGGGAAGCGUCCUUCACUCUUCUCAGGGAAGACUUACUGAUAGGCCACAAUAAUAUAUACGGGAUUGAGGUGAAAGCGAACGUGACAGAGACCCUCACUGGCAUCACGCUUUCUGGAGAAGAAUCUAAAUACUUCGUGAACUCGCCAUAUAAGGUCGAAUGGCUGCAGAACUCCCCCAGCUCCUUCAAACCUGGCCUGGCCUAUAAAGGAUAUGUGAAAGUUACAUACCAGGACGACACGCCUUUAGGAAAACCCGCCACACUGAACAUCACAUCCACGGUGAGAUACAAGAACCCCAACCCAGACCCAACCCCUUCUCCACCGUUCAUCCAACCCGUGCCCCUUAAACCCGUGGGCAUUGCCAAGCGUUCCAUCGCCUUCCCCGGACCGUGGUGGUACGAUCCCUUACUGUCAAGGGAGGGACCAUCUAUGCUGCUGUCCAUCCCAGAGGACGGGAUAGUGGAAGUGACCCUCACGCCACCAAGUGACGCCCAGCAAAUGGAUUUAAGGGCUGAAUAUGAAAAGAGGACAGGUUACAGGAAUAUUAACAGGAUGCACUCCCCCAGUGACAGCUAUCUACAACUGUUAGUAAUCACAACGGAUGCCGUGGCGGGACAAUAUGCCACAUUUGCUGUGACUACUACUGAACAAGUCGACCAGCUGAACUAUCAGGUUUUGGCUAGAGGCGAAAUAGCAGCAUCUGGGGUUGUCACGCUGACCAGUUCAAGCACUUUCCGCAUCCCUCUGACGUCAUCGAUGGCCCCCCGCGCCCAAAUGGUUGUGUACUAUGUGAGACCUGACGGCGAGAUUGUCAAUGACGGCGUGAGCUUCAAUGUAGAAGGCGCUAUUCAGAACAUGGUCUCUCUGAAUGCGUCCAGAAGUGAGGCCGAACCUGGACAGAGUGUGGACCUCAGAGUAAGAGCUGACCCUAACUCUGUGGUCUGUCUCCUGGCUGUUGAUCAGAGCGUUCUGUUGUUAAACAAGGGGAAUGAUAUCACAAAAGAUGGCAUUAUGGAAGAAGUGAACCAAUACGGUGGAUUUGGAUUCUAUCCCGGACCUUUCUACAGAUACUGGUGGCCGUACAGUAUCUCUGGGACCGACGCCAAGGACGUGUUUAAUAACGCCGGGGUUAUCAUACUCACGGACGCACUGGUCUACGAAAAAAUCGAGGAAGGCGGGGCCUACGCCCGUGGCGGAGGAGGUGGUGGUGGCGGUAUUGCCUUUAGUGCCGUAGCUGACACUAAUUUGGCGGCGGCACCCGGUCCUGCUGCAACCAGUGGUGGAGCAAGCGAAGGGCUUCAACCUGUGACCCGAGUAAGAAAAUUCUUUCCCGAGACUUGGAUAUGGAGUAAGACAACUGUAAGUUCCUCCGGCAUGGCAGACAUGAGCGUCGUGGUUCCAGACACCAUAACCUCGUGGUCAGCCAGUGCGUUCGCUGUCAACCCAGUCACAGGUCUGGGAGUUGUUGAUGACCCAUCCAAGAUUAGAGUGUUCCGUCCAUUCUUCGUUUCCUUCAACUUGCCGUAUUCUGUCACCAGGGGAGAAGAAAUCAUCUUACAAGCUGUCGUAUUUAACUACAUGGACAGAGAGCUGAACGUAAAAGUUACCCUGCCAAAUACAGGGGGAUUCCUGAAUAUUGUCAGAAACAUGUUUGGCGAAUUUUCCACAUCGGCCGAAGAGCAGGUUUUACGUAUAAAGGUUCCUGCCAACACCGGGAAGUCUGUCUUCUUUCCAAUUGUUCCUGUUGCCCUCGGCAGGAUUGACGUAGAGAUUCGCGCCCAAUCCAACAUGGCCGCUGACGCAGUGAGGAGACAGCUUUUAGUGGAGGCUGAGGGUCUAGAACGUGAACUGAACAGAGCAAUGAUUGUUGAUUUGUCUAAAUCAAGAACCUUCUCGGCCAACGUUGAUCUUGCAUUACCCCAAGGCGUUGUUCAAGGAUCUGCCAGGGCGUCUGUCUCUGUCAUAGGCGAUUUGAUUGGAAAUAUUGUUGAAAACCUAGAGCAUUUGAUGCGCUUGCCAUCUGGGUGCGGAGAGCAGACGAUGGCUGCUUUGGCGCCAGAUGUAUUCGUGGCCAAAUAUUUCAAAGCGCUUGGCCAGUUGGUGGAACCUAUAAAAUCUAAACUAAUUGGGUUUAUGGAGAAAGGUGUUAUGCGCGAAAUCACUUAUCAACACCCCGAUGGAUCCUACAGUGCUUGGGGGCCGACAAAGAACAAUAAAAAAGGCGGGAGCACCUGGCUGACUGCUUUUGUCAUGAAGAUAUUCCACCAGAUCAAGGAGUUCACCUUUGUCGACGACGAAGUUCUACGGAAGGGUCUGCAGUUCCUCAUUAAUAACCAGGCCGAAAACGGCUCGUUCCCCGAGGUGGGCAGUGUCCACAGCAGAAACUUACAGGGUGGGUCUGGCAAAGGGGCGCCCCUCACAGCAUUUGUUCUCAUUGCACUAAAGGAAAACGACGAUGCAGUCAAUGCUAACUGGACAGAGUUCCAAAGGGCCAUUUCCUCUGCUGUUUCGUUCCUGGAAAACCAGCUGCCAAGCCUAAACGAUCCAUAUCCUCUCGCAAUUGUGACCUAUGCACUGCAUCUAGCAAAAAGCCCGGUUGCUAACAUGGCGCUCAACAAGCUCAACGCCAUGGCUACAUACGAAGAUGGAUACAAAUACUGGAAGAUAGCUGAUACUCCAAGGUGUGAAUAUCGGUACUGCUACAAUCCACCAACACAAGAAGUUGAGACUGCUGGUUACGCUCUCUUUGUUCACAACGCCAUUAAUAAUGAACAGAGCAUUCCAAUUCUGAAGUACCUUGUCUCCAAACAGAACUCUUAUGGCAGCUUCGGCUCUACACAGGAUACUGUGGUAGCGCUUCAGGCCCUGACCGAGUAUGUGGCAUUGUACGCCACCACCAGAGAUAUGACCAUCCGGGUCACAGCAGGGGGCUCCUCGGAAUCCUUCACUGUCAAUGAUCAAAACGCUCUGGUUUUGCAAAGAGCCGAGUUCCCCGACAUUCCUCAACAAGCCACUAUUUCAGCUCGUGGAUCAGGUUCGGCGCUUGUACAGGUCACUGUCAAGUAUAACGUCAUGUCGGACAAGAGGGAGAAAUCGUUUGAUCUUAACGUGACCGUACUGGAGGAAAGCGAUAAUGCCAUGAAAUUGCGAGUCUGCACCAGAUAUCUCAAAGCCGGUAAAACUGGAAUGGCCAUAGAGCAGAUUCAGCUACCAGGAGGGUUUGAUGCUGACAUGGAGAGUCUGAAAGAUGUCGAAUUCAUUCAGAGGGUGGAAAAGAAAGAAAGGAAGGUCGUUCUAUACCUUGAUGAGAUCGAUCAGAGGGCCACGUGUGUUGACCUGACGCUGUAUAGAAGUGACUUGGUAGCCAAGACACAGCCUGCCAUUGUUAAGGUUACAGAUUACUAUUCACCAGGUAACGAAGAAGUGGCCUCUUAUUCCUCGGAAAAAUUGGAGAAGGUCAAUAUCUGUGACCUGUGUAAGGAGAACUGCGAAGUUUGUUUACCACAAUUUAGCUGCCGAGGCAAAGGUAAUGGUUUGCACCGCGAUGACCGCCACUGCGACAGGUUUUAUUAUUGCUUCUACCAGAAAGUUUACUACGCCUUUAAAUGUCCAAAGGGAUAUUUGUUCAAUGGGCUUUACUGUGACUUUGCCAGCAAGGUCACCGAUUGUAACGUGUUCAAGUAAGAAGUAACCAUUUGACGUCGUGGCAACGUUGAGACAUCAGUAAUUCCUGGCACUUACAUGUUUACUACACAGCGUUUUGCUUAAUGUUGUUUCCAUUAGGGAACUGGCAUUUGAUCACAAUAAUAUAAGCCUAUUGCAAAAUCAACCAAGCAAUUGUCUUUUUGUAUACUGACAGGAAUUAUCAAAGACAAAUAUCGUUGAUUUAUAAAAUCCCUUUUGAUGCAAAAUAGCUAGUAGAGACAGCAAACACAGUAACAAUUUUUAUUAUAUAGAACAAGGCUACUUGCAACUUUUAAAACAAGCAUUUCCUUAGUGAUACAACAUUAGGGUUUAUAUAAGAAUAUUUAGAUAUGUCACGUCUUCAGUUCGAUUGUACUGUUAUUUCAAAAAUGUAAAGUUUAUUUUAUAAUUGUUCCACUUAAUGUUGUAUUGUAAUGAUGUAGAAAUACCCAAAUAUAUACGUUUCUCUGUACGUUUUUGCGGUUGUAAAAUUUGUAGAAAAACAGUUAUUAUAAAAUAUAAUAACAAGACGCAGAAGUGUCAAAAUAAAAGCAGGAUCUUUUUUGUCACUUUGCUUCGAAUUCUAAAGAAGUUGUCAAUAAAGUUCAGAUUUGCAGUGA